UUAAAACUCAGGUAUUUUCGAUAUUUUCUUUUUUCACGAAUAGUUUAACCUGGUCGUGACACGGACAGUCUGACACAGAGAAGCUGAGCACUUGGGCAUCUCUCGCUCUCUCCAAUUCCACCCUCAAAUCUCAGAUACCCAACUGAUCUGCUGUUUGAGGUGUGGUGAUCGUAAUGAAACCUCAAGAAAAUGAUCAGAAACGUGAUAAGAACAACAAUGUAAUGAAGCUAACAGUAACAUCUCUAUCAGCAAUGGUAGCAGAAACCUCGACUUUCCCCUUAGACAUAACCAAAACAAGGCUUCAACUUCACGGUGAGUCUCUGUCCCAUUCUGCUGCUCGGCGGACGUCCGCAUUCCAGAUUGCAGCGAAAAUAGUUCGGAAUGAAGGUCUAGUUGGGCUGUACAAAGGCUUAUCGCCGGCGAUUAUGCGGCAUCUUUUUUAUACGCCUACAAGGAUUGUUGGAUAUGAACAUUUUCGAAAUGCAUUUGUCUCGAGCUAUGAUCAGGAACUUUCGUUUUUGAAUAAAGCACUUAUUGGUGGAUCUUCUGGUGCUGUUGCUCAGGUAUUCGCUAGCCCUGCUGAUCUUGUGAAAGUGAGGAUGCAAGCAGAUGGUCGGUUGGCUAGCCAAGGUCAACAACCGAGGUACUCUGGCCCAUAUGAUGCUUUAAGCAAGAUAAUCCGGGCAGAAGGUGUAAGAGGACUUUGGAAAGGGGUCUUUCCAAAUGUUCAAAGAGCAUUCUUGGUCAACAUGGGAGAACUAGCAUGCUACGAUCACGCAAAACGGUUUAUCAUCGGCCACCAAAUCGCCAAUGAUAACAUUUACGCCCACACUUUAGCUUCUAUCAUGUCAGGCCUUUCAGCGACCACACUGAGUUGUCCUGCUGAUGUUGUGAAGACAAGAAUGAUGAAUCAGGUUGUAGGUGAAGGAGGAAAGAUUAAAUAUAAAAACUCUUAUGAUUGUCUUGUGAAGACAGUGAAAGUUGAAGGAUUGAGAGCACUCUGGAAGGGGUUCCUUCCAACAUGGGCAAGGCUUGGUCCAUGGCAGUUUGUGUUCUGGGUUUCCUACGAGAAGUUCAGACAAAUUGCCGGGCUUUCUUCCUUCUAGUGGAUACUGUGAUACAUCCCACUUAUAUAGUUCUAAUCCUACCAUCAGUAAAAAGAGCACUCCAUCAGAGAUUUCAACUCUUCUAUAAGGGUAAUUAAUUUUUUGCAGUUUUGCUCUCUUUAUAGAGUAAAGGCAUUUUAGUGUGCUAAGAGUAUUUUCUCCCUUAUUUCCCUGCUUUUGUGCCCGUAACUGACUAGAACUAUGCUAGAGUAAUGAAUUCCUAUAUUUCCCAUUUCUAACUGA